UCAUUAAAUGUUUAUUCUUUCAAUUGAUCUGAAAUAACAACAACAACAAAAAACCGUCAUCAUUACAUCCAAGAUUGAAUUAUUUUGGGCCAAAAUUUCGGCUCGAUUGAUCGACCUACGGGUGACAAUCACCGAAUCACAGAUAACACAAUCGAUUGGUCAUCUAUUAUUUAUUAUAUAUCGUUCAAUACGUAUGAUAAUAAUGUCAUCAAUGAUGACAGCAACAAAUACAUCAGCCAUCAUGAUGAUGGAUGAUAAUGAUAAUGAUGAUGAUCAACAACAACAACAACAUACAACGCAUAAUAAUAAUGCUCAACAGCAAACAACACAGCCACAACAAUUAUCAAAUGAAGAAUUACAAAACCAAAUACAAAUAUUACAUCAAAAAUUACAGGAAAAAGAUGAUCUUAUCAAUGAUCUACGAUCACAAGUGGAUAAAUAUAAAUCUGUUUUAUCAAUGUAUGAUGGCUAUCUAUCGCCUGCCGGUAGUGGUGGUCCGGUAAUGCCUGCAUUUUCACCAUUACCUGGAUCAUCAUCAUUAUCAUCAUCGACAACAGCAACAUCGGCAUUGUCAACCGGAUCCAUUCAUCAUCAAUUACAUCAUUCUAUUGAUCCAUUAAUGAUGAUAACAACAACAAGAUUUGGUUUACAAAAACCAAGAAAAAAUCGUCUUAUGGGUAUAUCGGCCGAACCAGAAUCAUCAUUAACAUAUGAUGAAUUAUUAAAAACUAAAUUCACCAUUUAUCCAAAGACUGAAAAAUCAAAAAAAUUAAUAAAAUCAGCAAUAUCGGAUAAUGAUUUUAUGAAAAAUUUGGAACAAUUUCAAAUCGAUGAAAUUACCGAUUGCAUGUAUCCGGUCGAAUAUGCCAAAGGUUUAUUUAUUAUUAAAGAAGGUGAUAUCGGUUCGGCUGUUUAUAUUAUUGAAGAAGGUACAUUAGAGGUAACAAAAGGUGGACGUUUUCUAUCGAAAAUGGGACCACAGAAAAUGUUUGGUGAAUUGGCUAUCCUUUAUAAUUGUACUCGUACGGCUACCGUUAAAGCAAUAACUGAUUGUAAAUUAUGGGCAAUUGAAAGACAAUGUUUUCGUACAAUUAUGAUGCGUUCCGGUUUGCUCAAACAAAAAGAAUAUAUUGAAUUUCUUAAAACAGUGCCAUCAUUUUCUAAAUUAUCGGAUGAAAUUGUAUUGAAAAUUGCUAAUGUAUUGGAUGAAAUUACCUAUAAAAAAGGCGAUUAUAUUAUACGUCAAGGUGAAAAAGGUGAUACAUUCUAUAUUAUUAAUCAGGGAACGGUAAAAGUUACGAUCAAUGAUCCUAACAAUACUGUUUUGCCAUCAUCACGUGAUCAGAAUAUGAAUAUGACAACAGUCACCAACAUUGUAUCACAAAAAUUUAUUCGAACAUUAACACGUGGAGAAUUUUUUGGUGAACGUGCUUUACAAGGUGAAGAGAUACGAUCAGCUAAUAUAAUUGCCGAAUCACCUACUGUUACUUGUUUGGUCAUCGAUCGAGCUUCAUUCAACCAGUUGAUCAGUGGAUUGAACGAAAUCAAAACCAAACGCUAUGAUCAGGAUAUAAGCGAACGUAAAAUUUUGAAUGAACGUUUUGCACAUCUAAAAUUGGAUGAUAUAAAAUUCGAAGUAACAUUAGGUGUUGGUGGUUUUGGUCGUGUUGAAUUGGUUAGCUUAAAAGAAAAUCGUUCAACAAGUUUUGCAUUGAAAAUAAUGAAAAAAGCACAGAUUGUUGAAACAAGACAACAACAACAUAUUCUUAAUGAAAAAAGAAUUAUGCUUGAAUCGAAUUGUAAUUUUAUUGUCAAAUUGUAUAAAACAUUCAAAGAUAACAAAUACCUCUACAUGUUGAUGGAAGCUUGUCUUGGUGGUGAAUUAUGGACUAUACUCAGAGAUAAAGGAAAUUUUGACGAAAAAACUGCUCGAUUCUAUGCUGGUUGUGCUCUCGAAGCAUUCGAUUAUCUUCAUACACGAAACAUUAUUUAUCGUGAUCUAAAACCGGAAAAUAUGUUACUCGAUCCAUUUGGUUAUGCUAAAUUGACUGAUUUUGGUUUUGCUAAACGAUUAUUGCCAGCUGGUAGAAAAACAUGGACAUUUUGUGGAACGCCAGAAUAUGUUGCACCGGAAAUUAUACUGAAUCGAGGACAUGAUCAUUCAGCCGAUUAUUGGUCAUUAGGUGUACUCAUGUAUGAAUUGCUCACCGGAACGCCACCAUUUUGUGGUAGCGAUCCAAUGCGUACAUACAAUAUGAUACUCAAAGGUAUCGAUUCUAUCGAUUUUCCUCGUUCAAUUUCUCGUGAAGGUGUUGAACUAAUUAAAAAACUUUGUCGAGAUAAUCCGGCUGAACGUCUUGGAUAUCAAAAACGUGGUAUCGAUGAUAUUAAAAGUCAUGAUUGGUUUAAAAAUUUUGAUUUUGAACUAUUGAAAUCACGACAAAUGAAACCACCAUUUGUUCCUAUAAUUAAAAGUGCAUGUGAUUCAACUAAUUUUGAUACAUAUCCACCAAAUCGUGAGCCCGAUCCACCGGAUGAUUUUACCGGUUGGGAUGAUGAAUUUUGAUGAAAAA